CUCUCCUCCCGCCUGGCCCUGAGAGAGGGCUAGUCAGUCCUGGGCUGGCGGCGUCGGUUGUUGUUGGCGCGUGAGGGCUCCGGCUGCGGCGGCGGCGUCUGCGUUGUCGGGGGCGAUGCCGGUGGACCUGUCGGCCUGGGGAGGGCCGCUGAGCCUUUCGGAGGUGGAGGAGAAGCCCAGCCUGCCGCUCAAGGUCUCCUAUGGGCCGGUGGAGCUGGACGAACUGGGCAAAGUCCUCACGCCCAGCCAGGUGAAGAAUCGCCCGACAAGCAUUGGAUGGGAAACUUGUAACCCAGAGAAAUUCUAUUCUUUGGUUCUUACUGACCCUGAUGCACCUAGCAGGAAAAACCCCAAGUUCAGGGAAUGGCAUCACUUCCUGGUGGCCAACAUGAAAGGGAAUGACAUCAACAGUGGUUGUGUCCUGUCAGACUACAUUGGGUCUGCCCCUCCGAAAGGGUCAGGACUUCAUCGCUAUGUGUGGCUGGUGUAUGAACAGCCCCAGCAACUGACAUGCGACGAGCCCAUCCUUGGCAACCGUUCUGCAGAUCAACGCAGCAAUUUCAAAGUGGCUUAUUUCCGCAAGAAGUAUAAGCUGUCAGGUCCCGUGGCGGGCACAUGCUACCAGGCCGAGUGGGAUGACUAUGUGCCAAAGAUCUAUGAGCAAUUAUCUGGAAAGUAAAGCUUUUGUCCCAUUCCAAUCCCUGUUCUCCUAUACCACCCCUUCCGUGUAGUGUUAUAUAAAUUACUGGAACAAUAGUUGAGAUCCCAGACUGCUCCUGGUGCUUGCAUGGGGGCAUGUCCUUUCACUUUGCUUGGCUGAUUGGUAAUGUGGCCAUCACAAAUCUAUUCAUUUAAUCCGUUAUAACAAGAUGUGUCUGUGUGGUCCUCCACAUGUUGAUGGACUGUAUCAUCCCUCAGCAUCGGCGAAGCCGGAUGGGAGCUGCAGCCCAGCAACCUGUGGAGGGCGACAUGUUGGCUUGCCUUUGAGGAAGGGCUUUAGCAAACUUCCCUUUCAUAACUCUGCUCACAGGCUCUGAAAGUAUUGGGGGUGUAUUUGGACUCUUGCAGGAUUGAAGGUAAACAUGUGAAUAGAGGCACAAAGCUUAUUGGCUGUCCCUGAGAUCCUUCUGUUUUGCUGGUGUAUUUAGUUUCCCCUCAGAACUAUGCUCUAUUGUGGAUUUAAAUGUGCUGAGCAUCAGGGAGGUGCUAGGUGGACCUGCCAUGAAAUUUUUCAACACUCCAUGAAAUGCAAAGAAAGGAGGGGUAGUCCCCUGCUUCCAGCUUUCCACUCUUUGCAAAACGUAUGUCAAACAUCCAAAUAUUUACAAGUUAGUCAGCCCUGUAAUGAAAGAGACACCUUCUUGGAACAGUCUAGUAUCCUCCUGCUCUGAAUUUCCAGCAGACACUGCAAAUGCAAUUUGGAGAAGUGGCAUUUUCUCAAACUGGAAUUUCUGUCUAUGUUGUUUGUUUGUAAUCUAAACUUCCAAACACCAGUUUCCUCCCUUUUAAAAUUGAGGAUUAAAGCUAAGAUUGGGGGGCCCUUUUCUUGGAGAGAGAAAAAAUGUUCCUUUGAAACUAGUGGGACACCAUGCCACAAAGCUGCUUUACCCACAAUUGCCUCUUAUGCCACUUUGGUAAUACACAGAUGUGUCAGUAUUUGUUCUCAAUAUAUUCAGGUUAGCUAAUUUGGGAAUUACCCAUGUGUUCCAACCAAUGUGCUAUACCUUUCUGUUCCUAGUGAGACACGGAGACCAAGUAAGGGAACCGAAUAUAGUCUCACUAACCACACCACAGAGGCAGUAUAUGAAAUAGACACAGUGUUUUGGGUCACGACUGUAAUUGUGUGACUUCUCCAUUUUGUCUUUACCGGCACACAGCAUCUCUAGGAGUCACCUAGUAUCUCUCUUAUUUCAGACUGAUGGUCAGGCUCAAUAAGGGUGGGGAACCUCUUGUUGUCCAGUUUUUAUUGGACUGCAACUCAGUCCUAGCCAAGGGAUGCUGGGAGUUGCAGUUUAACAUCUGGGCAGCCAUACAUUCCCCAUCCUUGAGAUAACAGAAGGUCCAAGCUAGGUGGUCUCCUUGGGUAGAGUAGUGCUUUCCCAAAGAGCCUUCCAGAAAAUCUGUUCAGUGGUGAUCAUCCUAUUAGACAGGAGUAGAGUUGCUGGUUUGAUAUGCUUGCCUCUCAUUUUUUCUCCGUUUCGGUUCAUCUUCUCUUUGAUUGCCUCCAUGUUUCAACAAGAUUUUAGAGUUCCCACAUCCUGUUAGAAGCUUGUUAUUGGAUUGUUAGAGAAGCUCUUUCUUUAACAGUGUUGGAUUCUUGUCCCCUCCCUCCACGCUUAUACCUGGAGGCAGAAGUUAAGGGAAGAUGUGUGCCUGCUCUUGUUUCUGUUUGGAACUUUCAAUUAAACCUUUAGAAUUGA